CUUCCUUCUCAAAAUUUACUGAAAGUGCCACUGUUUUCGAGUUUGUUGGUUCUCCGAUCUCGGCGGUGUCUUCUUCUCCUCCGGUGGAUAUUCUCGUUUUGUUUAAACCUCCGGUGGUAGUGUUUGACUGAGCUACGGAUAUGCCGGUGGUUUCUCUGGCUAAGGUUGUUUCUUCUCCGGCGAUGGCCGGAGAUUUUUCUGUCCGCGUUCCGUUCAUUUAUGGGAGACGACUAGUGUCGAAUCGUGUUUCUUUCGAGAAAUUGAGGCGCCGGAAUUGUAUAGGUCACUGCGUAAGAAGCGAAUUGCAGAGUCCUCGUGUCGUAGGUUCCGUCACAGAUUUAGCGUUGGAUAAUUCAGUGGAGAAUGGUCACCUUCCCAAAGGAGAUUCGUGGGCUGUACACAAAUUUGGAGGAACUUGUGUGGGAAACUCAGAGAGGAUUAAAGAUGUUGCUGAUGUUGUAGUUAAGGAUGCCUCUGAGAGGAAGUUGGUGGUUGUGUCAGCGAUGGCUAAAGUCACUGAUAUGAUGUAUGAUCUCAUUCAUAGAGCACAGUCUCGCGAUGAUUCCUACCUGUCUGCUUUGGCUGCUGUUCUUGAAAUGCACCGAGCAACGGCUGUUGACUUGCUUGAUGGAGAUGAACUUGCGAGUUUCUUGGCUCGGUUAAAUGAUGAUAUAAACAAUCUCAAAGCAAUGCUUCGUGCCAUUUACAUAGCUGGUCAUGCGACAGAAUCUUUCUCAGACUUCGUUGUGGGUCAUGGAGAGUUGUGGUCUGCUCAGAUGUUAGCUGCUGUUGUGAGGAAGAGUGGAUUGGACUGCACCUGGAUGGAUGCAAGGGAUGUGCUUGUUGUUAUUCCGACGAGCUCUAAUCAAGUCGAUCCUGACUUUGUGGAAUCAGAAAAGAGACUGGAAAAGUGGUUUUCCCUGAACUCAGCAAAGAUUAUUAUAGCAACUGGCUUCAUAGCCAGUACACCGCAGAACAUCCCAACAACUCUCAAGAGAGAUGGGAGUGACUUCUCUGCAGCUAUAAUGGGUGCUCUGUUUAGAUCUCACCAACUCACAAUCUGGACAGAUGUUGAUGGCGUGUACAGUGCAGAUCCAAGGAAAGUUAGUGAAGCUGUUGUACUGAAGACUCUUUCUUAUCAAGAAGCUUGGGAAAUGUCUUACUUUGGGGCAAACGUUUUACAUCCGCGGACCAUUAUUCCAGUGAUGAAAUAUGACAUCCCAAUUGUGAUAAGGAACAUUUUCAACCUCUCUGCCCCUGGAACAAUGAUAUGUCGGCAGACUGAAGAUGAGGAUGGAUAUAAAUUAGACGCUCCUGUCAAAGGAUUUGCAACGAUUGACAAUUUGGCUCUUGUAAAUGUAGAAGGAACUGGAAUGGCUGGUGUUCCUGGUACUGCCAGUGCCAUUUUUGCUGCUGUCAAGGAAGUUGGAGCUAAUGUGAUUAUGAUCUCACAGGCUAGUAGCGAGCAUUCUGUAUGCUUUGCUGUACCUGAGAAGGAAGUUAAAGCUGUUUCUGAAGCAUUGAAUUCCCGAUUUCGUCAAGCUUUGGCUGGUGGCCGCCUUUCCCAGAUUGAAAUCAUCCCAAAUUGUAGCAUAUUAGCAGCAGUUGGCCAGAAAAUGGCGAGCACUCCUGGUGUUUCUGCCACUUUUUUCAACGCGUUAGCAAAGGCCAAUAUCAACAUCCGUGCUAUAGCUCAAGGUUGCUCCGAAUUCAAUAUUACAGUAGUUGUCAAGCGUGAAGAUUGCAUUAGGGCUGCAGUGCUCAAAGAAGAGUUCAAAAUUGACUUGCGUGUUAUAGGGAUCACUGGCUCAAGUAAAAUGUUGAUGAGUGAAUCGGGAAUUGACUUAUCAAGAUGGAGAGAACUUAUGAAAGAAGAGGGAGAAACAGCUAACAUGGAGAAGUUCACCCAAUAUGUGAAGGGGAAUCAUUUCAUUCCAAACUCUGUUAUGGUUGAUUGUACGGCCGAUGCUGGUGUCGCUAGCUGUUACUACGACUGGUUGCUACGAGGAAUUCAUGUGGUCACUCCGAACAAAAAGGCUAACUCAGGACCACUUGAUCAGUAUCUAAAGAUUAGAGAUCUUCAAAGAAAAUCGUACACACAUUACUUCUAUGAAGCAACCGUUGGAGCUGGUCUUCCAAUUAUCAGCACUUUACGUGGUCUUCUCGAAACAGGUGAUAAAAUACUGCGGAUUGAGGGCAUUUUCAGUGGUACUUUAAGCUACCUUUUCAACAAUUUUGUCGGCACCAGAAGCUUCAGUGAUGUCGUAGCAGAAGCAAAGCAGGCAGGUUUUACAGAGCCAGAUCCACGAGAUGAUCUAUCUGGAACAGAUGUUGCCAGAAAAGUGACAAUUCUUGCCAGAGAAUCAGGCUUAAGAUUGGAUCUUGACGGCCUCCCAGUCCAAAAUCUUGUGCCAAAGCCUCUACAAGCUUGUGCAUCAGCAGAAGAGUUCAUGGAGAAGCUACCUCAGUUUGAUGAAGAAUUGUCAAAACAAAGACAAGAGGCUGAAGCAGCAGGAGAAGUCUUGAGAUAUGUAGGAGUUGUAGACGCGGUAGAGAAAAAGGGAACAGUAGAGUUGAAACGGUACAAGAAAGAUCAUCCGUUUGCUCAGCUCUCGGGUGCUGACAACAUCAUCGCUUUCACAACCAAACGGUACAAAGAACAGCCUCUGAUUGUUCGUGGACCAGGUGCUGGUGCUCAAGUCACAGCCGGUGGAAUAUUCAGUGACAUUCUUCGCCUUGCAUUCUAUCUCGGGGCUCCAUCUUAACGCAAUCAUUUCUUCUAGGAACAAAUCUAGUAAUCAAAACCCUGUUUCUUCUACAUGCUAGAAUCUGUAAUAUGGAUUUCAGAGAUAUUCAUUCUUCUUAUAGAUGAAAUAAAAGUUUAUGGUAAUAAAACA